GCCUACUACUACUACUACUACUACUACUACUACUACUACUACUGCUUCCUUCCCUCUCUCUUCUCUUUCCUUUCCUUCACAUACGAGGUAUCUCGUAGUUCUGCUCAAAAUAACACAGAGGGAUAUUCCACUGAAGAUCCCCAAACCACAAGCUUUAUUUGAAGGACAAAGCAAGCGACUAGCAAGAAAAGAAGACGACCGAGUUCGAAAAGCUUAUCGCACACCACAGUCCAUCCUAUCUCCACGUCGCAAUCCCCAUCGCCCAACCCCUCGGUCGCUUCAUCGCGGGGUCAGACCGAUCAACCAACCAACCGAUCAUCGCAUCUAUCCAAAUCACUCUGCAAAAAUCGCAUAGCAUAUAUAAACUUACCAUUUCGAGUAUUGUCUCCACAUCCAGGGAACUACUUUUUUCAUCUUUUACUUUACUCCCAAGAAUAAAUAAAUAAGUAAAAAAAAAAAGAAAAAGAGAAGCAAAAAAUGGCACGACACUACUACGACGACGAAGAACUCGACAUCCACAUUUCCCGCGAGACACGGGCCCGCGACGCCGGCGCCCCGAUCCCGUACCGACGUCCCCAAUACCCACCCGUGCCCGCUUACCGCUACGGCACGAGCACCUAUCUCACACCCGAGAUCUCGUCGGGAAUCCGCCGAUCCAGAUCCACCGGGCAUCGGGAACACUCACCUGUUCCUCCCCCUCCCCCCGCCGCACCUGCUCCAAUCGCCCAACCCAUCAUCGUGGAUAAUUCCCGCCGCAUCUACAAUGACUACGAUAGUGACAGCGACUCCUCUUCGGCCUACGAGUCCCGACGGGCACGAAGCCGUUUGAGCGUGGGCGAAGUGGGCGGGAGACGAAAACAUGGCAGUCGUAGCCACAGUCGUCAUGUGAGUCACAGUCCGUCUUCGUCGGGCCGACCGAGCUUCACACGCGAUGAUUUCGAGCUGGAGCGGACGCGCGCGGAGCUCGAGCGAAUUCGAGUGGAGAAGGAGAGAGAGCGGAGUGAUCGAUUGGUGAGAGAUGGGGGGGAGUUAGCUCGCUACCGAGCCGAGAGCGAGAGGGAGCGAAACGAGAGAUUGUUGCGCGAAGAUAUCGAAUUGCGCAUGACGAAGGGGGAGCUCGAACGGUACAAGUCUGAGCGGGAGCGCGAGCGCGAGAGAGAAAAGGCGGAGAGGAUGUUGAGAGAAGAUGUGGAGCUGCGCGUGACCAAGGGGGAAUUGGAGCGUAUCCGCAGCGAGAAAGAGAUGGAGAAGAAAGAGCGCAUGUUGCGAGAGGAAUUCGAGCUGCUCUCUCUCAAGGAAGAGAAGAAGCGGAUGGAGAAGGAAAAGCGCACGCAGGAAGAGAGGGAGCGAGCAGAUAAGGAGAUCCGCGAUACGUACGAGCGGAUGAAGCGAAUGGAGCAGGAGCGGCACGCGCGCGAGAAAAAAGAACACGAUGAAGCUAUUGAGAAGUACAAGCGAGAAGAAGCCGAGAAGGCGGCUCGCGAGCGCAAGGAACGGGAAGAAAUCAUUGAGAAGUUCAAGAAGCAAGAGGCGGAUCGCAUGGCGCGUGAAAGACAGGAGAGAGAGGAGAGAGAGAAGGAAUACCAGAGACGUUUGCAUGAAGAUCUUCACAAAGCGGGCUUGAACGAACAGCAAAUCGGAGCGGUGAAAGCUGGGAAGGCUCUCCCGCCUCCACAGGUUCAGAAGCCUCCGCCACCGCCGCCAGUUCAACAUGCUCCGCAAUUUCAAAUCCAACCUGCGGCUCCGAGACCAACGUACACGAGAAUGUCGAGGAAGCAUUUGUCCAUUGAAACUUUGAGGGUUUAUGGAAUUUCGUAUGAGUUUGAUAAAGAGGACCCCGAAUUCCUGCUCAUCAAACGCUGGGUUCCGGAAGAAGAACAAGACAUCCUCUGGACGCACACGCGCCAAAUCCGCGAAGUGCGCGCUCCACCCCACACGCACAACCAACAACACACCAUCGAAUACGUCAAGGAAUACGUCGUUGAAGAUCGUCACAAGAAGAAACAUCAUCACAAGAGUGAUGAUUUGCAAUUGGUGAUUGAGAGGAAGCAUAAGCAUAGUCAUAGUCAUAGCGGGAGCAGGAGUCCGAGUCCUUUUGUUAGAUGGGCGGCUGGGAGGUAAGGUGGAAGGGGGGGAUGGAGUAAGAAAUUGACGAUGCAAUGCUUGGAUGAAGAAUGAUGAUGAAAGAAAGAUGAUUGAUGAAUACAUGGAGUGGACUGAUCAAUGAGUCUGUUUUGCUUUAACGAUUUUCCUGCACCUUUUUUUUUUCUUUAGAUGAACUCUCAUCUCUUUUUUUUUAUGUACUGAGCUUCAAUACCCACGACAUGGAUCGUUAUCAACGAUGAAUUAUUUCCAAUAAAAAGACCA